GCCCUUGACAACUCGGGCGCUUGAGGAGCUUGACAACCACCUGGGAGCUAGACUGGGCACUGCUGCCUCUGAUAGCUAUGCAGCCAGGUCUAGCGCUGAGAGCACCAUCCACUGUGAUCCUUCUCUUCAGCCUGUGCCUGGGCCUGAUAGGGUGAAACUGGAUCCUUGGGACUUGGGACAAGUGAAAUGUGAGAAGUUUGAUAAUAAAGAUAUCACCGAAGAUUAGAAACAAAAACAACCAGAGGAAAUUCUCAAAGUAUGGGAUGUAGAAAUACAAAAAUAUCUUCAUCAAAUACUGUUGUUUUAGGGGUUGUCCAGAUUAUGAUUGGUAUCUAUCAUGUAUUCAUGUGGUAUUUCCUAUUGCUGUUGUAUAUGGGACAAAUUAAAGGAGUAUUUGGAACUUAUGAACCUUUAACUUACAAAAUGGGAACUUCUUUAUGGGGACUUGCUUUUGUCAUUUCAGGAGCCUUCACAGUAAAAGCAGCAAAAUAUCGAAGUAAAUAUAUGCUUCUCUGUACUAUGUCCAUGAACAUACUCUGCAUAAUUAUCACGCUCAUUGCAGCCAGCCUAACAAUAGUGGAAUUGGCUCAUUUCCGUUCUGUAUCAUACAGGAAUUAUGGACAAGCAAAGCUGGGAAGGGAAGUGUCCCGUGUUCUGUUGUGCUCCUACCCCCUGGAAUUCGGGAUUGCCCUCACAUACUCCAUCUCUGGUUGUUCCUAUCUGGCAGAAGCACAAGAUGAAAGUUUAGAAAGUGUUACUGAAAUAGUGGAAGGCAACUCCUGAAAGCUGAAGACAUGAGCAACUUUCGUGGCUGCUAACACCUGAUAUAGGUGCCAAUGAUAGUCCCAUGUAACAAGGCUACUGCACACCCGAUACAUUUUGUGCAAAAGGAAAUUCACAAGAAGGUGAAAGUUACCCUUUGGUAUUUAAGGAGUGUCUACACACAUAUAUUCUAAGUUCAAGAGGGGAAAGCUUUUCCUAUGUAAGUAUGAGUCCAUUGCAAGAAAGCACUUGCUAGCUAACCACUCUGAAGACCUGUCAACUCUCCCAAACAGAUCAUCUGCAUCUGCGGUUGACCCAGAAAAACCAGAAAAACCACUUGUAACCCCUAGAAUGCAGGCUCUGAGAUUUGGAGCAUAAUGUAUAAUUCAGAGGAAAACUUUAGUUUCUUUCCUUGUGAGUGAAAAACACAUUCCACAUUCUGCAUUCUUCUGCUUGAGCUAGCUUCUACCUCUACAAAGCAAGGCUCAAAAGGUCACCAAUUUAGUGCCUUUAUUGUCCCAAGGCUUUUCCUGUCCUCAUUAAAGUUCCUUUCUGCCCU